AUGCUGGGCGGCCUCUUCCGGGGGGGCACCUUCGAGGCGCGCUACCGCGUCUACCCGAUGGCUUUUCUCGACAAGCCGGGGGCAGAGGAGGGCGACAAAGUCAUCCUGCCGGCGUCCGCGCUUGACCGCCUGGCCUCGCUGCACGUGGAGUAUCCCAUGCUGUUCCACGUGGAGGCGCCGGGCGCGGGCCGCAAGACGCACUGCGGCGUGCUGGAGUUCGUGGCCGACGAAGGCAACGUGUACCUGCCGCACUGGAUGAUGAACAACUUGCUGCUGCAGGUGGGAGACGUGGCGAUCUUCCGCAACGUGUCGCUGCCCAAGGGCACGUACUGCAAGCUGCAGCCCGUGACGUCGGACUUUCUGGACAUCAGCAACCCCAAGGCGGUGCUCGAGAAGAGCCUGAGGACUUACACUUGCCUGACAACAGGCGACUGCUUCGUGGUAAACUACAACGACAAGAAGUACGAGAUCGAGGUCAAGGAGACGCGCCCGGGCCCGGCCAUCUCGGUCGUCGAGACGGACUGCCAGGUCGACUUCGAGGCGCCCAAGGACUACAAGGAGCCCGAGCCCGCGGCGCGGGGUCCCCCGGGCCCGGCGCCCGGGCCCGGGGGCCCGCCCGAGGAGGACGACGACGGGCCCCGGGGACCGGACCCCAACACUUUCAUGGCCUUCAGCGGGGCGGCCGUGCGGCUGGAUGGGAAGCAGGUCACCGGGACGAGCGUCCCGGUGCCGGUCAAUCUGAACCGGGGACUGACCAGGGUGCCGGAACCGGAAGCCAACGGGAAGGCGUCCACCUCCGGGGCCCGAGGGCCCAAGGCGGGCAAGAUGGUGUCGCUGGGCAACCGUCUGCUGGACAAGCUGAGCCGGGAGGGGGCGGCGGAGGGGGCCCGGCCGCCGGAAGUCAACGCAAAGUCCACGGGCGGACAACAGAGCGGCGGCGGCGGCGGCGGCGGUGAGGAGGGCGGGGACGACCCUGGGGGGAAGGACGGCAAGUUCGCGGCGUUCUCCGGGAAGUCGUACUCGCUGAAGUGA